UUAAGAUUAGUGAACUUAGAAAGAAGUAUACUGAGCUUAAAAUUUUUGAAUUUAAAGCAAAAGAUAGGAAAAAAACUAACCUUAUCACUAAACUAAAACAUGAUGUUUCACUAAUCAAGAAGCAGAACUUGCAAAACAAGGACAAUAGAUAUACUGAUAAUGCAAAGUAUUGA